AUGGCCGCAUACCUAACAAGGGUAAAAGGUUAUUUGGAGAAAUUGGAGGGGUAUAACAUAGAACAAAUCCCAAGAGAGAGGAAUACCCACAUCGAUACACUCGAGUUUGUACCUGUGGAGUACUUAUCCAAGCCAAGUAUCACUGAAGUAGAGGUUCACUUGAUCAACACUCCCAAAGAAUCAUGGGUCAGCCCAAUUAUGAUAUACCUGAAGGAUAGAGCUCUACCGAUAGACAAGAGAGAAACUCGGAGGCUGGCAUAUAAAGUCGCCCAGUACACCCUAGUAGAGGGAGUCUUGUACAAGAGAGGAUUUUUUGUACUGCUCUUGCGGUGUGUUGAUGAAGAGGAAGCAAUGAAAGUUCUAUAUGAAAUACACGAUGGCGAAUGUGGCAACCAUGCGAGUAGGCCAUCUAUGGCCAGGAAAGCCAUGAGACAAGGGUACUACUGGCCCUCUAUGGAGAAGGAUGCUAGUGACUUCGCAAGAAAGUAUGGAGUGUCGUACAAAAUCAUUUCUGACAAUGGCACCCAGUUUGAGGGGGAAAUGUUCGAGGAGUACUGUAAGGAGAAAGGAAUAAGGAUAAGCUUCUCGGAUGUUGUACAUCCACAGGCCAAUGGGCAGGCACAAAUUAGUACUGAGAAUACUCUGUCGAAUUGCUCUGAGAAAGCUUUGAAAGAGUAUUAA